CCUCCUCCUGCUUCAGUCUCUCUCUUCUGUUGACGGAGUUUCAGCAUUUUGCUGUGUGUGUUGAUCUGAUCAGACGUCAUGAGGAUCCUCUGUGCUUUUAUCUUCAUAUGUGUUCUCCAGAGCGCCAGUCUGGAGAAAGCAGAACCCAUCACAACUCAGCAGAAACAAGACGUCACCAAACCUAAAAUUCCUCCAGAAACAAAUCCAGAAGCUGCGGUUGAACAAACACCAGAUGUAAAUUUGGAGAAAGGUGCAAACAGACUUUCUAAACCAAAAUCAGAUCCGAAUUUAGAGCCAAAAUCAGAAUCAGAUGCAGAUCAAAGAUCAGACGUGGAGGAAACAACUGAUUCAGAUAUCAAGAGUACAACAGAAAGUCCAAACACAAACUCACAGCAAAACCCGGCCAAUACACCUGAAAAAGGACAAGCAAAGCCCAAAGAAACUGGAACCAAACCCACAAAACCUGAACCCAGACCAACAAAACCUGAACCCAAAUCCACAAAAGAGGAUUUUUUCUGGGGUCCGCCCCAAUGUGAGCAGCAGAACUACACCCGUCUGUCCUGCUCGAAAGUGUUCUGUCCGCCCUGGAGGAGGUGUAUAGCGGGAGUGUGUGUGUGUCAGAUGCCCUAUAAGUGUCCUCGGCAGGACACACACGCGUGCACACUGGACGGAGCCGAGUUUUACUCCAUGUGUCAGACCAACGCCAUCGCCUGCAGAGCCAACAAACCCACUUUCUCACACUUCAGCAGAACCUGCAAAAAGGAGCAGAGAGGGCAUCUAAAAUGCAGUAUGUUGAACUUGAAGGAGAGGAUUGGCCAGAUCAGUGUAUGAAAGUUCGCUGUACGGGAUCUGAGCUCUCGCUGGCCGAAUGCACCAUCUAUAAUCCGACACCCAUCAAAGAAAAACAACAAGUGGCCGUCGCAAACUGCUACAAUGAGACUACUAAAGAGCAAAGUAUGAAGUUUCGCUGUGUGAAUGGGAAAUAUGUAAACUAUGGAAAACUUUGCGAUGGUAUUGACGACUGUGGAGACAACAGUGAUGAAAUGUGCUGCCAGGACUGUCAAAAAAAAACCAACGCGUUUUGGUGUCCGUCAGGAGUGUGUAUACCUCGUCACGCUGUCCGAGACGGAGUCAGAGACUGUCUGGGUGGAGAAGACGAGCUGGAGGAAAAUGGGCCAAUAGUAGAGAAUGAUCCAAAAGAAUUCUUCACGGAUCCGCUGGCGGAGAUCAAAAAGAUCCGCUCGACCGCAGAGAGUAAGCUGCAGUGUGGCGUUCCCAACAUGGAUUACGUGUAUAAAGCAGAGGACGACGGAUCGUCACGUCAGCGCAGAAAACGCUUAGUCGGAGGAGAAGAGUCUUUACCGACUCAGAUUCAGUGGCAGGUGGCCAUUCAGGAUGAGGGCUCCAUCCACUGUGGAGGGGUGUAUUUGGGUGGAUGCUGGGUGUUGACAGCGGCUCACUGCGUCAGACCCAAACCGAAGUCCUUCCGUGUCAAGUUCUCUCUGUGGAGGAAGAAUCGCAAACAGUCAACGACAGACAGUAUUCCUGUGAAGAAGAUCAUCAUCCAUGAGAAUUAUGAUGCUCAGACAUACGUCAACGACAUCGCUCUGGUGCAGCUGGAGGAGCUCAAUCUGUCUGACAAAUGCAUGCUGGAUAAUCCUGCCAUCAGAGCUGUGUGCGUGCCCUGGUCCACACAGCAGUUCCAGCCCAAUGACACCUGCACCAUCUCUGGCUGGGGUCGUGACAAAGCGGGAAUGUCAGCAUCGAUUCUGAAAUGGGCAAACGUGACGAUUAUUGGUGACUGCCAGAAUUUUUACAAGCACCGUUUCCUCCCUGGAAUGGAGUGUGCAGGUGAUCUGGAGGGGAAGGUGGACUCAUGUCAGGGUGACUCCGGUGGGCCGCUGGUCUGUAAGGACGCCUCUGGGUUGUCGUAUGUUUGGGGAAUCGUCAGCUGGGGAGACAAAUGUGGCGAGCCCAAUCAUCCCGGCGUCUACACCAAAGUGGCACAUUACUUCGACUGGAUCCGCUUCAACACAGGCUGGGCCGCCGUCACCAAAUUCAACCAGUGAAGGAGUCAAGAACCUGCUUAAUACUUGCUGUUAUUUGUGCAUUUAAACUUGUGUUUGUUUUUGUCGAUUAUACAUUUAUCAGGCGACUCAAAAGCUCAGGGCUGCCGCUUUCUGUCUCAGUUUAUGGUGUUUUGAAAUUAAAGUUCUAAUGUUGCAUUU